AUGGAAAGAUACGAAAGGCGACCUGCCCCUUCGCAAUUCGACACCAAACAACCUACACAAUCUUCUGACGAAGGUUCUCCUGCUACCUCCCCGCCGCCCUCGGCGCCCACUUCGCCCCCCGUCGAAGAGCCCUCAUCUGACUCCUAUCAAGCUGGCGGUGCCCCUUCGGCCCCCUCCAGUGAUCUUAGGAACAUUGUUCGCCGCAAGCUGACUGGCUAUGUCGGCUUUGCGAACCUGCCUAACCAAUGGCACCGCAAGAGUGUCCGCAAGGGCUUCAACUUCAACGUGAUGGUGGUUGGUGAAUCUGGACUCGGAAAGUCGACCCUGGUCAACACUCUCUUCAACACUUCCCUUUACCCUCCCAAGGAGCGCAAGGGCCCUAGCUUGGACAUCAUCCCGAAGACGGUUACCAUUCAGUCCAUCAGCGCCGACAUUGAGGAGGCUGGCGUCCGCCUUCGUUUGACUGUGGUCGACACCCCUGGAUUCGGCGACUUCGUGAACAACGAUGAGUCCUGGCGCCCGAUUGUCGACAACAUUGAGCAGCGUUACGACGCCUACCUCGACGCUGAGAACAAGGUCAACCGCAUGAACAUUGUGGACAACCGUAUCCACGCCUGCGUGUUCUUCAUCCAGCCCACUGGCCACUCCCUUAAGCCCCUCGACAUCGAGGUCAUGCGCCGUCUUCACACCAAGGUCAACUUGAUUCCUGUCAUCGCCAAGGCCGAUACCCUCACCGACGAGGAGAUUGCCAACUUCAAGUCCAGAAUUCUCUCCGACAUCAAGCACCACGGUAUCCAGAUCUUCGAGGGCCCGCGCUACGAGCUUGACGAUGAGGAGACCAUUGCCGAGAACAACGAGAUCAUGUCCAAGGUUCCCUUCGCUGUCGUUGGUGCCACUAACGAGAUCACCAAUGCCGACGGCCGCAAGGUCCGUGGACGUAGCUACCCCUGGGGUGUCAUCGAGGUCGAUAACGAGGAGCACUGCGACUUUGUUAAGCUUCGCCAGAUGCUCAUUCGGACGCACAUGGAGGAGCUCAAGGAGCACACCAACAACAGCCUGUACGAGAACUACCGUACCGACAAGCUCAUUGGUAUGGGCGUGUCGCAAGACCCCAGCGUUUUCAAGGAGGUCAACCCCGCCGUCAAGCAGGAGGAGGAGCGCGCUCUGCACGAGCAGAAGCUCGCCAAGAUGGAGGCCGAGAUGAAGAUGGUCUUCCAGCAGAAGGUUGCCGAGAAGGAGAGCAAGCUGAAGCAGAGCGAAGAGGAGCUUUACUCCCGUCACAGAGAGAUGAAGGAGCAACUGGAGCGCCAACGCAUGGAGCUCGAGGAGAAGAAGCAACGAGUCGAGAGCGGCCGGCCCAUCGAGAAGGAAGGCAAGCGGAAGGGCUUCUCGCUCCGUUGA